AUGGCUCUGGACAGCAAGUGGAAGGAGCUGCUGUUGGGAACGCUGAAGGAGCUUGGGGAGGACGACUUCGAGGAAUUCAAGUUCUUUUCGGACCUGCCUCAAAGCGUACAAGAAAACCCCCGCCGGGUGAACAUUGCUAACGCGCUGGUGAAGAAGCACGGCGAGAAUACUCUGGAGGAGACCAUCAAAAUUCUGGAAAAGAUUGGUAACAAGAACUUGGCCGAGAAGUUGCGUGGCAACGUGCUGGAAAUAAAAGGCGCCGUCUUCUCCGUCCAUGAUGAUGAUCAUAUUGACAGAUUGAAGGCAGACCUGCAAGAAAAGCUGCAUAGUUUAUACAGCUUUGUUCCCGAAGGCAACACCGAGCGCUGGCAGCAGCAGCCUCUGGCCGACGUCUACACGGAUCUGGACGUCACCUACGGGGCCGACGUCAGGCCCGACGAGCGACACGAGGUCCUUCAGAUGGAGACGCGUGCCGCGGCGGCCAAGAAGUCUAUCCUGCCGUGCGAUAUCUUCAAAAGCCAUGACGGACAGCCGCGACCGAUACGCACACUGCUCACCGUCGGCUUCGCGGGAAUCGGGAAAACCUUCCUGGUUCAAAAGUUUGUGUGCGACUGGGCCAGCGGGAAUAAAAACCAGGACGUACACUUCAUAUUUCCCUUCACCUUCCGCGAGUUGAACACCGACGAAGGGAAAAACUUUACGCUGGCCAAGCUCAUCCGAUGCUACGUCUACGACCUGCACAAGUCCGGGAUACGGGACUACGAAAGCAGCCGGAUCAAGAUCUUGUUUGUUUUGGACGGACUGGACGAGUGCAAGUUCAAAAUGGACUUGAAGAAUGAGAUGAAAGUAGACCUAGACGUGACGGAGGCCUACCCGCUGGAGAUACUCCUGGCGCACAUCAUCAAGAGGAACCUGCUUCCGUGCGCCCGGGUUUGGAUCACUACGCGGCCCGCGACGGCCCGCGAUAUCCCUUCCGACCUCAUCGACAGCAGAACAGAGGUGAGAGGAUUCAAUGAUUCCCAAAGGCUGGAGUACUUCAGGAAAAAAUUUCAAAAUGAGGAGCGUGUCAUUGAGCACAUCCGGAAAACUCGCACCAUCUUCAUCAUGUGCCACCUGCCCAUCUUCUGCUGGCUCACCGCUACAGUUCUUCAGGAUCAUUUGGACAAAGGGAAGGAGGGAGAGCUUCCCACAACGCUGACAGACAUGUACUCGGAGUAUGCUUUUAACCAGCUGGACAAGUCCAAGGAGCGACAGACGACCGAGUACGCUGAUUACGUGAAAGCGCUAGCAAAGCUGGCGUUUCACCACACAAUGAGUAAGCAACAGAUCUUCUACGAGGAGGACCUAGCAAAAAGCGGAUUUGAUUACAACCAAGCCGCAAAACACUCCGGAAUAUUCACUGAGGUGUUUAAGGAGGUCCGUCCGCUCAGAAGAAACCAACAGGGCAAGAUGUUUCAGUUUGUCCAUUUGACCAUCCAGGAGUAUUUUGCCGCAUUCCACGUGAUGAUUUGCCUCUUCCAUGACAACAAGAACAUACUGGUUGAUUCAGAGCAGGCACUGGAGUGUGUCUUCCAAGAAGAAGAAAAAUCGGAAGUAUUAGAAGAAACAGAAUCAGAAGAUGGAGAAAAAAAAUCAGAAAAAGAAACAGAAUCAGAAGAUGGAGAAAAAAAAUCAGAAGAAGAAACAGAAUCAGAAGAUGGAGAAAAAGAAUCGGAAGAAGAAACAGAAGAUGAAGGGGAUUGGAAAAUCGCUGAGGUUCACCGGUCAGCUCUCCAGAAAGCCUCGGAGAGUGAAGGAUACCUGGACAUGUUCCUCCGCUUCCUCCUUGGCCUUUCCUUGCCGUGCAACCAGGAACUAGUGGGGGAACUGCUGAAGGCUCCUCAGGACUGCAGGCGAAACAAGUCAAAGACAGUCAAGUUGAUCAAGGAGAGGAUAAAACGGAACACUCCAGAGAAGAACAUCAACUUGUUCUACUGCUUAAACGAGCUGAAGGACGACUCUUUGCUGAAGCAGUUUCAGAUAAAGAAAAAUAUUUCACACCAUAUUGACUGGGAGAAAAUGCCAAAUGACAUGUGGUCAGCCUUGGCCUUCUUUUUACUGACAGACGACGAAACCAUGGAGGUCUUUCAGCUGUAUAGAUACACCGCAUCGCCUUUGGGGCUCGAGAAGCUGUUGGUGGUGGUCAAGGCUUCUCAACGAUCAAGUCUACAUGAUUGUCAGCUGGACAAAGGCAGCUGUGACCUGCUGGCUUCCGUUCUCAGCUCUCCAUCCAACCUGAGGCAUCUGGACCUGAGCUUUAACAAUCUGUUGGACGAAGGGGUGGAGAUCCUCUCAAAAGGACUGGCCAGCCCAAACUGCGUCUUAGAAUCCCUCUAUCUACGUCACUGUGGCCUGGGCAAAGGCAGCUGUCACCUGCUGGCUUCCGUUCUCAGCUCUCCAUCCAACCUGAAGAGUCUGAAUCUGGGCGGGAACAAUCUGUCGGACAAAGGGGUGGAGAUCCUCUCGAAAGGACUGGCCAGUCCACACUGCAAAUUAGAGUCCCUCUUCCUAAUGGAGUGUGGCCUGAGCAAAAGCAGCUGUCACCUGCUGACUUCCGUUCCCAGCUAUCCAUCCAACCUGAAGCGUCUGAACCUGAGCAAGAACAAUCUGUCGGACGAAGGGGUGGAGAUCCUCUCAAAAGGACUGUCCAGCCCAAACUGCACCUUAGAAGAGCUCACUCUAAGUCGUUGUCACCUGGACAAAGGCAGCUGUCACCUGCUGGCUUCCGUUCUCAGCUCUCCAUCCAACCUGAGGCAUCUGAAUCUGAGCAAGAACAAUCUGUCGGACGAAGGGGUGGAGAUCCUCUCCAAAGGACUGGCCAGCCCAAACUGCAUCUUAGAAUCCCUCGAUCUAUCUGGUUGUGAGCUGAAAAAAGGCAGCUGUCACCCGCUGGCUUCCGUUCUCAGCUCUCCAUCCAACCUGAAGCAUCUGGAACUGAGCUGGAACGACCUGUCGGAUGAAGGGAUUGGGAUCCUCUCGAAAGGACUGGCCAGUCCACACUGCAAGUUAGAGUCCCUCGAGCUGUCAGCAUGCGGGAUCACCAAUAAAGGAUGCGUUUUUUUGGCCGAGGCACUCAUGUUAAACCCCUCACAUCUUCAACAGCUGUCCCUGUGGAAGAAUCCAAUAGGUGAAAAAGGAAAGAUGGUCUUAUUGAACGUCCAAGAGGAUCCAAGCUAUCGCCUGGAGACUGUCAGAUUUAGAUCGAUGCGACGUACUGUCCAACGACCUCAAGAGCACCGGGUGUCGGCGCUAAAGACAAACGCGACCACGCUCACCGAAUUUGAGGAGGUUCGUCUGCCGGCGUCGGAUACUCGGUCGACGGUCAUCUCGCUCACGCGUUUACAAGGUGGAAGGAUGCCCCUGGACACUGAGCGUAAGGAGCUGCUGUUGAAAACGCUGAUGGAGCUGGGGGAGGACCACUUCCAGUGCUUCAACAGUUACUAA